UACCAAAUCACGUAGUCCCCAAUCAUCACUCUUAUCAAAUCAAGCCAUCCCCCACUCUCAAAUCCAAGCUCUCCAUCGCCAUAUUCUUCUGGUUGCGCCCCGCCAAUUAGUAUUUCCUCAAUUCGUACCAAGAGAUUCGCAUCUCCGACUUCUGCCGCUCCACCACUCUCCCAUUCUCUUACUACUUCGAUUCCUCGUAACAACACUCCACAAAGCUUCAGAUUUCGAAGAAUGAGGGACACGAGGGAAGAACCAUCAAGCAGCUCUGGACAUCAAGCCGUUGACUUGAUUUCAGCAGUGAAAGAAUUACAUAAUGUCGGCUCUCUAGGGCUUACUAAGCUAAUCAAGGACUCUGAGAAUAAUAUCAUCCAGACCUUCACUCAAAUUGGGUCAUCUAGUCAGUUUGAUGUGGAAAAGAUUGCAAGGUGUCUUCCUUUGCAUCUUAUUGCAAAGGUCAUGUUAUCUGCAAGAGAUGAAGCCUCAUACAAAUAUUUGUUAUGUGGAAUUCGACUCGUACAUUCCUUGUGUGAUCUAGCACCAAGAUAUCCCAAGCUGGAGCAGAUUCUGCUUGAUGAUGUGAAAGUAUCAGAGCAGCUUCUUGAGUUGGUCUUUUAUCUUCUUGUUGUCCUCAGCAAUCAUAGACAGGAACAUCAUGCUUCAAGUCAUAUGCCACUAUUGCAUUCAGCUUUAGUGGCUUGCAGUCUGUACCUAUUAACAGGUUGCAUUGCCUCUCAGUGGCAGGAUAUCGCUUCUGUUUUAGUUGCUCACCGUCAGGUUUAUAUAUUCAUGGACGCAGCUUUUGCAGCACUGCGGGUAGACAUCAAGUUUCUUCAGUUCAAGCUGUCAGGUCAAUGUUAUGAUUUUCAGAGGGAGUCAAGUUCUAAUGCUGAAGGAACACUGAACAAUCUGUGCCAACUGUGCGAAGCUUCUUUGCAGUUUCUUCAAUCCUUGUGUCAACAGAAGUCAUUCCGAGAGCGCCUUGUUAAGAAUAAGGAACUAUGUAGAGAAGGUGGUGUUCUUUUGCUGGCUCGAUCUAUUUUGAAACUGAACGUGACAUGGUUUAGAGAAUCUCCCUCAGUUGUGGCUGCUGUGUUUAGGCUAAAGUCAAAAGUUUUAUCAAUUCUGUUGCAUCUUUGUGAAGCAGAGAGUUUAUCUUACUUGGAUGAGGUUGCCAGCACUCCUCGAAGCAUGGAUGUGGCAAAGUCUGUCGCAUUAGAGGUUCUUAAAAUACUGAAGGCUAUGGUUGUGAGGGGUUACGAAAUAUGCCCAACAGGGCUUUUGCAACUGAAUGCAAUGCGCCUGGCAGAUAUCUUCUCUGAUGACUCAAAUUUUCGAUCUUACAUCACAAUAUACUUUACAGAAAUUUUGACUGCUAUUUUUUCACUCCCACAUCGAGAGUUCUUGUCUAGUUGGUGUUCAUCCAAUCUCCCAAUUUGGGAAGAAGAUGCUACUCUGGAGUAUGACUCAUUUGGGGCAGCUGGACAUGUUUUGGAUUUGUUUUCUUCAUCAGAUUUGCCAAAUGUAACGAUUUCAAGAUCUGAUUUCAUUCCUAGUAACAUGCCACGUGUCGCAUUUGCACAUCAGAGGACGUCAUUAUUGGUCAAAGUAAUAGCAAAUCUCCAUUGUUAUGUUCCAGGGCUCUGUAAAGAGGAGGAGGAUGUCUUCCUCAACAAGUUUCUUGAGUGCCUCCGAAGGGAGCUACCUAAAUUAUCCGCUUCUGAUGCUGAAAAAGCUGGCAUUGUUAGCAGGAACCUACGUUCAUUGUUGAGCCAUGCUGAAUCUCUGACUCCUCCAUACUUAAAUGAGGACGAUGUACAUCUCUUCAGGGUUUUCUUAAUGCGGCUAGAACCAUUGAUUACUCCUGCUGAGAUCGAAGUUAAGAGGGUGCAGGAGGCUCAAAGUGCAGGGGGAUGCUCAUCGCCCAUAAUAGAAAAGGUAGAUACAGAUACUAACAGACUUGGUUACCUGAAAGAGGGCACGUCAGAGAACUCAGCUUUCCAAGAUGAGGACCAGUCCUAUAUAAGGGGCAACUGUAUAGGUCAAACUGAUGAUAUCAUGUGGCAAGUUAAGGGGGAAGACAAGGGUAAAUCUGGUAUGAUGGCUGAGGGAUCGAGGGAGAUUGAGAGAUGCAUCCAAAAAGUUGAAACCAGUGGUUCAGAUUCAAGCUCUACACGUGGAAAGAACUGUACUAGUCAAAUGCACAAUGUUGAGUUUCCGAAAUCAGGUGAGCAUAGCAAACAAAGUGGGUUUGAAGGACUUAAAGAGGAUGAAAAGGGUGAAGCUGUUAUAUGUGAACAGAAGCAACAAAGAAAACGAAAGCGCACCAUAAUGAAUGAUAUACAGAUCGCACUGAUCGAGAAGGCGCUCUUGGAAGAACCUGGCAUGCAGCGCAAUGCUGCUUGGGUACAAUCUUGGGCUGAGAAACUAAGUGCCUAUGGUUCUGAGGUUACGACUUCUCAGCUAAAAAAUUGGUUGAAUAACCGAAAAGCGAGGCUAGCCCGAGCAGCAAAGGAUGUUCGUGGGCCUUCUGAAGAGGACAAUGGUGUUCCUGACAAGCAAGGUGGGUCAGGACGCGUGUCCCACGAUGAAUCAGCUGAGAGUCCAACCGAGGACGUUUAUAUCACAUCAACUCCAGGAGGGACUCAUCAGAGCACCAUUAGGGAGUCCACAUCUAGAACUGGCUCCAAGGAAAAAGCAGACAUUCAGCUUGCAGAUUUCAAUAACUUUCCCGCUAAGCAUUGUUUCCGGUGGGGUCCUGGUCAGGAUGUUUUGCUUUUGAAUCUGGAAGGAGAGGAAAUUGGAACGGGAAAGGUGUAUCAGGUACGAGGCACAUGGGAUUCAUGUAAUUUGGAGGAAUCAGAGAUGUGUGUGGUGGAUGUUAACAUGAUUAGGACUGAGAGUCAUACGGGGCUUCCAAUCCCAGUUGGAAUGGAUGCAAAACUGGGGGUAAGAACGUUGUGGGCAUUGAACAAACUUUUAGCCGCCUAGGUGAAUAGCUUUUCGCAUCGCCAGCUUGAAGGAUCAGGUAAGAACUGUUCAUAACCUUCAAGCAUUUAGUUAUAUUUGUCUACCUUGGAUAGAAUGUUAUAUGUGUCUACAAGCAUUUAUCCUUUUUCUUUGCGAGGUUGGGUGGUUGUCCAAGGGCACAUCUUGUACUGUGGUUGGCUUUUUAGACAUAAGCCAGCAUAUUUGGUCUAUGAUUUUCUUUAUUUACUUCUUCUUCUUCUUUCUUGCUACUCCAUAUUUCUUUUUAGGGCUCUGUGCUAUGCAAAUCUCCUUUGAAUUUCCCAAGGAUAUGUUUGGAACUAAGGAAAGAAAAGCAAAGUAAAGGACAGGAAAGAAUUUUGCUUGAUUCAUAUGUUUGGGAGGAAGAGAAGAAGAAUCUUGAGAAAAAACGCGUGGGAAGUUAAUUUGACACUUCGAUGCCUUUUCUUUCCACUUUUGUCUCUAUCAGUUUUAGUUAAUAAUUUUUCUUUUUAGAAUCAAUGAAAGUUAUUUUCCUUCUCAGUCUCUUUGCUCUACUGCGCAAAACUAAAUAGAGAUGAUGAACCCGUCAUGUGUAAUUUCUUUCCUAAUUUACUCUCGUUUCCUUUUAAUUUCCUUGAACUUCUGAACACAAGCUUGCAAAAUCAUGUGAACACUAUCAAGAUGGAUCUGCUCCCCCUUCACAAAACCGAUCCUUACUGAUAAUUUCUCGCUAAUUGUUGCAGAACGGAGCUAUCGCAGCAGGAGUGCAGGUUCACUGGUUGGGCGUCGAGGGAAAAUCUCAAGAAUCCCAAGGAAAACCGCCCCAAUGCACAUGGUCGUAGCAAAAUGCUAGGGAGGCCGACUCACGAAAAAUGGUUACUGGCACCCCUGGUCGCUGGGAUAGCAUCCAAUGAGCUCUACUAACCGAGUGUAGGACCAUGUAUAGCAUUCUAUGGCAGAAAGAUAGAAUGGUAAUUCAGUGAAGGAGGCUUUCACUCAGGGUCCUCAAAUUAAUAUUUAACUUUAAUCAGGUUCCAUUUUGUACUUUAAAAUUACUAUGGAUAAUGGAAUUAGCAACAAAAUUUAUGAUAGUGAAAAUUCCAUGGAUA